CUUAAGCUAUGCGACCAAUCGUUUGCUAGCGCUACGAGAACUUCGAUCCAUCCAACAGUGACAUCUGAGCCAGAAUUCCAAUCUUACACUUCAUCCUCCACCAAAUUUCGUAUCAGAGGGCCUCUCGAACUCCAUGAACCACCAUUCAUGAUCCAGGUACAUCUUUGUAUUACAAGGGGCUAUCUAAUUGAAUUGGAUGCCACCAAGACUAUGUCAUUAGCGCACGGCAGGUAAGCUGGCCUCCUCGUGCAUUCACUCCAAGCAGUUGCAAGCACCUUCCACUACGCAGUUUCCAUACAAGCUGUCGCGAAAUUACCCUUUAUUAUUAGGUAGCAAUGAGCAUAACUGACUUUCCUUGGAUGAGUGGGCGAAUUUGAUAAACUUUCUCAUUGGUCAUUCCUCUCUCGAUAUACCAUUGCUAACGAGUCGAUGAGAUUAAGUUAUAUCAGAUAUCUUCGUUAUCUCCUCCCAGCCAAGACAGAAUUUGAUACAUAUAAGACUGUGCAAAUCUGGCCCCUCUGACUCGGCCCUUGUUCUCUCAGCUUGCAACACAGAUGCUAUAUUCGCAGCCUUGCAUGAAAAGUCAGCCUUGUGGUUGUCAAGCAUGUUUUGCGAAAUUUCCAAGACCAUUAGCGCCAAGCUCCACAAAGACGUCUACUUAUCCGCCGGGCUGCUGCCCAAACCGAGAUCUGAAACAGUUCGGAAGCUGUAUUGUGUGCUAGGUACAAUUCAUAUUUGAGCUUCAACAUGUUCGAACCACUUGAUCAAGGGCAAAUUCGACUUCUUAACAUCCUGCCAGGAACAGGACGAGAUAUCGUAUGCGAACUUCAAGUUGUAACACUGACGUCUUGUGCGGAAAAGUACGAGGCACUUUCUUAUACUUGGGGCAGUCAAGACUUUGAAUUUGAUAUCAUAAUCAGUUAUGAGUCUUAUCCUGUCACAGCGAACCUUCAUGGCGCCCUGAAGCACCUUCGACACAAUAGUGAAACGGCACGAAUAGUAUGGAUUGAUGCUAUUUGUAUAAAUCAAAGAGAUUCCAAAGAACGUACGACUCAGGUCAAUAUGAUGGCUGACAUCUAUCGAAACGCCGACUUGGUGAUCAUGUGGCUUGGAGAGGAAAUCAGUAUCGAUGGGAUAUCCACUGAAAGUGCAGCUUUCGCCCUUCUCAAGCAGAUCCAAGAAGUUUUUGAUGAGCACGGCCUCGUGGAGCUGGACUUCCAGCUUACCGGGCCUACCGGCUUCCCAUGCCCAGGUUAUGGACUACCGUACACUCAAACAGUGGAUUGGAUUCGGCUAUCACGAGUUUUUGCCAAGCCAUACUUCGAGAGAAUUUGGAUAAUUCAGGAGGUCGUUAAGGCAAGGAAAGCUAUAUUGGCAUGCGGUUCAGCAACCGUAGAUUGGGAAAUUGUUAGGAAUUUCGCACGGAGUGUACAGAAAGGUGGCUGUAUUGGAAAUUUGGAAUUUACUAUGUCGGCGCCUGGGAUUGUUUCUAUCAACGCCAUGGCAGAUCUCAAAGAAGGGAAGGGCAUCGAUCUUAUUCAGCUUCUCGUCAAGACAAGCGGUUACAAGGCGACGAAAGAGGUGGACAAGGUCUUUGCGCUUAUGAAUUUGGCAUCGGAUUCUGAAGAUGUGGGAGUUCGGGUCGAUUACUCCCUAGAAGAUCAGCCAUUCAGAGUCUGGGAGACUCUUGCUUUGUACAAUCUGACUGUGCGCCUAAAUCUUCUAUGUCUGUCUAACGCAGGUAUUAGAGCUUCGACUGGUCAGUCGCAAUCUUGGGUUGCAGAUUACCAAGAUAUUGGCAGUGCCUGUUUAGCACUUCACGGACAAGACCACUUCAGAGCAUCAGGGAACACGCAGGCACUGAUCACUGUAUCUGAUGACAAAAAGGUGCUCACAGUAGAAGGAUACAUUGUGGACAGUAUUGCUAUUAUAGCGCCAGAAGUCCCACCAGCCAUACCAAAGGCAGUCAGAUCUCAGACUGGGCCUCUCAUCUGGUUGACCAAAAACGAAGACCAAGAACGCGCAGUAUGGCAGGCGGCUGUACUCAUGGACUGCCUUGAGAUUGCCAAGUCUGCACACAAAUACCCAGACGGGCUCGCCCGAGAGAAAGAGUUGGCAAGGACUAUGUGUUGUGACCUCCUCAUGACAGACGAGAGAGCCAACAUUGAUCGUGCUCAUCAAGUUCACCAGUGGACGAUAAAAACGAUGCAGACAUAUGUGCUACAGCCCAUACCAGAGGACCCUGACGAGCUUCGAGCUCUCCAGCUAGAGCUAGAGAAGUCGAAGCCGGUCGGGGUUAGGAUGGAGGAGAUCAUGAAUUCAUUUGCUUCGUUCUGUUCAGGGAGGAGCAUUUGUGCGACUGCGGGAGGUGAUCUUGGCCAGGUGCCGUUUGGAACUCGACCUGGAGACCUGGUUUGUAUACUCAAAGGUGGCAUAGUACCAUUCCUUCUAAGAGAAGACGGGGAAUACUAUCGACUCGUGGGAGAAUGCUUCAUGAAUGGGAUUAUGUAUGGUGAGGCACUUGACAGCCAGAACAUAGUCGAGCAAAGCUUCAAGAUCAGAUGA